CAAGAAAAGCGAAACGGACACCGCUUUGAUAAGAGUCGGCAGUUGGUGAAUGCGACUCGCCAGUGCAAAAACAACACGCAAGCUGUGAGGACGCUCUGCUUGAACGCGUAGAUUUUGUGUCCAGUGAUGGCUUCCAUGAAAGCAACCUUCGGUGCCCUUCUCGUCGUUCUGGCAGGGAGUCGUGCGUUCGGCUCGCCCCUGAAGGACUUCGUUGAGAGUGUGCGCAAGGAACCGCUGACCGCGUACCAGUGCUAUCGUAACGGCAGCAGUCUGGAAGACGCGUCGGCCAUCAAGCUGAGCGUCUUGUGGAACGGUAAAGGACUUCCCGACAACAAGGUCGAAUGCAUCGUCUCCUUCAGUUUGCCCGACAGCGAAGGAAAGAAAACGUUCCACGCAUCCGCGGAGUACGUGCUUCAAAAGGACUACAUCAUACUAGCCGCUGGUGGUAAGUCACUUUACAUGUACACGCUGAGACUUUAG